UACCACAAGUCCUAAAUCAAUAAGCCAUAGAUAUAUGAUUCUCUCUUCAUACUAUAAAUUCACGUAUCCAUCUCCAUUACCAGCCACAGCCAUAACUAUAGCUAUAGUUUCUCUUCUCCACCGUCAUCAUCAACCGAUUAAUCAAUCUCAAAAAAUGUUAAGCUCUCAGAUUCAGAAGCUAAAUUCAACCAAACCCUUUUCUCUUUUGCCACCAAAACCUUCUCUUUCUAGCCAUGGAAACACAUCUUCCUUCCCUAUUUGUUAUAAGCAGCAGAAACGUUUAUUCCCUAAGAAAAACCCAAGCCUUAUUGUGCGAGCUAGUCUAAUUGAUAAGGCUAUAUCAGCAAUAAAAGAUCACACUGAAUCUAUUUCAGUGAAGGCAACUGUUACAGUUAAAGUUACAGUUGGUGGUCUUAUCUCUAGUAUAGGAAUUACACAGCCUCUUGAAGUGCUUACUGAUAUUAUUGGGAAAAGUCUCCUUUUGGAGCUUGUUAGUGCAGAGCUUGAUCCUAAAACGGGGCUGGAGAAGGACACGGUGAAGUCUUAUGCUCGUAUUCUUCUAGGGAUUCAUGAGCCUGGUGAGGUGAAGUUAGAGGCAAACUUCAAGGUUCCAGAUGGAUUUGGUGAGGUUGGAGCCGUCCUGAUAGAGAACGAACAUAACAAGGAAAUCUUCAUUGAAAGCAUUGUUCUUGAAGGCUUUCUUAAUGGUCCUGUCACUGUUUCGUGCAAUUCUUGGGCUCAUUCUAAACACGAUAACCCCAAGAAGAGAAUUUUCUUCACCAAUAAGUCAUACUUACCUGCUGAUACACCAGAUGGAUUGAAGAGGCUAAGAGAGGAGGAGUUGGAAAAUCUAAGAGGAAAUGGACAAGGAGAGAGAAAGUCUUUUGAGAGGAUCUAUGACUAUGAUGUAUACAAUGACCUUGGAGAUCCGGAUUCCAGCGAAGACCUUGCAAGACCUGUUCUUGGUGGCAAAGAGCAUCCUUACCCUAGGCGUUGUAGAACUGGACGUCCUAGAACCGAAAAGGACCCAUUGACAGAAUCAAGAAGCAGCGAUUUUUAUGUACCAAGAGAUGAGGCAUUUGCAGAGUUGAAACAAGCAUCAUUUGGUAUAAAUACAGUAAAAUCUUUGUUACAUGCAUUGGUGCCUACCAUAGAGACUGCAAUUGUUGAUGACAAGCUUGGAUUCCCAUACUUCACUGCCAUAGACAAACUAUUUGAUGAAGGAAUUGAAUUGCCUAAAGAAGUUAAAAAACCUUGGUACCUUCAUACACUAUUACCAAGAACUGUGAAAGCUGUUAAGGAAACUGGAGAUGAAAUCUUGCUCUUUGAGACUCCUGAACUUUUUGAUAGAGAUAAAUUUUCUUGGUUUAGGGAUGAAGAAUUUUCUCGUCAAACUCUUGCCGGUCUUAAUCCGUAUGGCAUAGAGCUAGUUACGGAAUGGCCUCUAACGAGCAAACUUGAUCCUAACGUCUAUGGUCCUCCUGAAUCAGCGAUCACAAAAGAAAUAAUCGAAAAAGAAAUCAGGGGCUUCAUGACUGUUGAAGAGGCUUUGAAGCAGAAGAGGCUAUUUAUAUUGGAUUACCAUGAUAUUCUCUUACCAUAUGUGGCCAAAGUAAGGGAGCUUGAAGGCACCACAUUGUAUGGUUCCAGGACAAUGUUCUUCCUCGUCAAUGAUAGCACAUUGAGGCCUGUUGCUAUUGAACUCACUCGCCCACCAAUUGGUGGCCAACCACAAUGGAAACAAGUGUUUACGCCAAGCUUUGAUGCCACUAGCUGUUGGCUUUGGAGGAUGGCAAAAGCACAUGCCUUAGCUCAUGACUCUGGCAUCCACCAACUUGUCUCUCACUGGCUGAGGACACACUGCUGUGUAGAGCCAUACAUAAUUGCAGCUCAUAGACAACUCAGUGAAAUGCACCCUAUCUUCAGACUUUUACAUCCUCAUUUCCGAUACACAAUGGAAAUCAAUGCUCUCGCUCGACAACAGCUCAUCAAUGCAGGUGGAAUUAUUGAAAGCACUUUCUCUCCUGGCAAAUACUCCAUGGAGCUUAGCUCUGUUGCUUAUGACAAGCUCUGGCGUUUCGACAAAGAAGCAUUGCCAGAUGACUUGAUCAGCAGGGGAAUGGCAGUUGAGGAUCCAACAGCAAAACAUGGCUUGAAGCUAACCAUCGAAGACUACCCAUUCGCCAAUGAUGGCCUGAUGCUUUGGGAUGCAAUUAAGCAAUGGGUUACUGAUUAUGUGAACCACUACUACCCAGAAGCAAGCAAGGUCGCAUCUGACAAUGAACUUCAAGCAUGGUGGGAAGAUGUUAGGGCUAAAGGCCAUGAAGACAAGAAAGAUGAACCAUGGUGGCCUGUCCUGAAAACCCAACAAGAUUUAAUCCAGGUUUUAACAACCAUAAUAUGGGUAACUUCAGGUCAUCACUCAGCUGUGAACUUUGGCCAGUAUGUUUUUGCUGGGUACUUUCCCAAUAGGCCAACAAUCGCUAGAACCAAUAUGCCAACAGAGGAGCCAACAGAGGCAGAGUUUGAACUCUUCUUGAAGAAACCAGAACUUACAUUGUUAAAAUGCUUCCCUUCACAGCAGCAAGCAACUAAAGUGAUGGCCAUUUUGGAUGUUCUAUCUAACCAUUCACCUGAUGAGGAAUACAUUGGAGACACAUUGGAACCAUCCUGGGAAGCAGAUCCUGUCAUUAAAACUGCUUAUGAAAGAUUCAGUGCAAGGCUUAAGGAGCUUGAAGCUACUAUUGAUGAGAGGAACAAUGAUUUGAAGAACACAAAUAGAGCUGGAGCCGGUGUUGUUCCUUAUGAACUCUUGAAGCCAUUAUCUGAACCUGGGGUCACAGGGAAGGGAGUUCCCAAUAGCAUUUCAAUCUAAGUUAGUUUCAAUGAGCAACAAUUGUAUAAGAUGCUAACACAUUUGAAAACAUGCUAAUAAGCUCAAAGAUCUUCGAAAUUUGGUUUGUAUUGAAAAAAAUAAACUUGCCUGUGGUAAGUAUAAGAUUCAGCAUUGAUGAAUAAUUGAGUGGCAUUCUUGUUGGAAACGAAAAAGUCUCCUUUGCUGUGUAGUUAACCAUUCUGAUUAUGAAAGUCGAUGUUUGAAGGCA